AUGGAUCCUAAUAAUUAUGUCUUAUAUAGUAAUAGAUCAUUUGCCUUUUUAAAAUUAGAUCAACAUUAUUUAUCCCUUCAAGACGCGAAUGAAACUGUAAAAUUACAACCCCAAUGGGCUAAGGGAUAUUUUCGACGAGCUGAAGUUGAAGCUGCUAGUGGCCUAUAUGAUGAAGCAAUUAUUUCAUAUACUAGAGCUUUGCAAUUGGAUCCCCAUAAUCAAAAGUUGUUGGAGUCAAUCAAAAAUAUUACAGAUAUGCAAAACCAGAAAAUAAAAGGUCAUCAGAACACUAUUUGGAUAUGCACAUGUGUGGGUCUCAUAAUUGGUACUGUUGUAGUUAUAUUGGACUAUAGUUUUACAACAAAUCCAACAUUAGCUAAUCCUAUUAGUAUGGUUGCAUUUUCAAUGGCAUUGGCUGGUGUAGGCUGGGCUAUAGGCAAAUCUGUAACAUUAAUGAAUACAUGGAGUGCUGGGAAAUCGCUACAACCACCAGAAGAUUUAUUGGGGAAUGAGAGUCCAAGUAAAGAAAACACAGCACCAGAAAAGAAAUCCAAAUAUAGUAAAGCUCAAGCAAGACAAAGAACAUGUGUUAAUUUUGCAACAAUCGGA